UGUUUUGCUUACUUUGCAAUGUUUCCAAAAGAUUUUGAGUUUGAAAAGGACCAACUCAUCCAACUCUGGAUGGCAGAAGGAUUUCUUCGUCCAUGUCAAGAGACCUCUGUGAUGGAAGACGUUGGGAACAAGUUUUUUCAACUUUUGUUGCAAAAUUCCUUGCUGCAAGAUGUUAAGCUAAAUGAGCACAAUGAUAUAACACACUGUAAGAUGCAUGAUCUUGUGCAUGAUUUGGCUGGAGAUGUUUUAAAAUCUAAACUAUUUAAUCUGGAAGGUGUUGGAGGAGAAAAUCUUUCUCAACUUCGAUACUUUGGAUGGGACUCACCAAGUGAUCUAAUAGAUAAUAUAAAUGAGCCAGGACGUUUGUGCACGUUGUUUUGGAGAAGCAAUAUAUCUGAAGAUAUGCUAUUGAGCUUUCAGUUUUUGAGAGUUUUAAAUCUGUCCAUGUCAGGCAUCAAGGAGUUGUCAGCCUCAAUUAGCAAGCUAAUAUACUUGAGAUAUCUUGAUCUCUCCUACACUGAGAUCAAAGCCUUGCCCAACUCCAUUUGCAAGCUUUACAAUUUGCAAACUUUUAGAGUCAAUAACUGCUUUUCACUCGAGGGGCUUCCAGAUGAGAUGGGAAAUAUGAUAAGUUUGAGACACAUAUAUUACAAUUCUUGUUACCAAUUCAUUACUGGUUGGGGUUCACGAUGUAUCUUUAAUGACCACUUUCAGAUGCCACUUAACAUGGGGCAAUUGACUUGUCUUAAGACCUACAAUUUUUCAAGGUAGGUUUAGAGCAAGGUCGUCGAAUUAACGAAUUAGGUCAUUUGAAAAACCUUGGAGGUGAAUUGACGAUCAAUGGUCUCCAAUUGGUACGUAACAGAGAAGAAGCUCAAACAGCAUAUUUGCAGGAGAAACCGAAUAUCUUCAAGCUGGCAUAUUUAUGGUCCCAUGAUGAAAUAGAAGGCUGUGAAAUCAAUAAUGAGUAUGUGUUGGAUGGAUGGUGUUCAGCCACAUCCAAACUUGAAAACCUUAGCAGUGGUGGACUAUUUGGGGACUAGAUUUCCUUCAUGGUUGAGAGAAGGUUUGCUACCAUAUCUGGUCAAGUUGAAAUUAAGUGGUUGCAAAAAGUGCAAAGAAGUUCCAUCACUUGGCCAACUUAAACUCCUUCGGCAUCUUGAGCUGGUAGGAUUCCAUGAGGUGGAAUGCAUUGCACCUACAUUUUAUGGUGUUGAGGUUAGCAAUAAUGGAUCAAGCAGCGAUAAUGCAAAUAUCCAAGUGUUCCCAUUACUUAAAGAACUAGUUUUGGAUGAUAUGCCUAGCCUCACUGAGUGGAAGGGAGUGGAAUUGAUACCAACAGGAAAUGUUGGUAGAGAUGGAGUUGGAGUAAGAAUGUUUGCUGGACUUGAGAAGUUGAGGAUUAGGAACUGUUCAUUGUUAAGAAGUACUCCAAAUCAAUUUGAAAUCCUGCGUGAAUUAACUAUUAAAGGAGUUGACAGUGAUAUGCCAUUGUUGAACUUGUGCAGCAACUUGACAUCUCUGGUAGAUCUUAUUGUCGAUGAUGUGAAAGAGCUCACCUCUCUUCCAGAUGAGAUGCUACACAAUAAUUUUUCUCUUCAACAUCUAUCGGUCAUAAAUUGCAGAGAGUUUUGUGAAUUGCCACAAAGUUUGUACAAUCUCCAUUCUCUUAAGAGCUUAGUAAUUGAAAGGUGCACCAAAUUCAGUUCCAUUCCUAUUCCCAAUGGAGUGAAUCAUUUGACUUCCCUCCAAAGUCUGCGGUUAUACAAAUGUGAUGGAUUGAUCAGUUUACCUAACGGAUUGCUAGAGCAUUUUCAGUCUCUAGAAUCUUUGGAGGUCUGCAUUUGUAAAAACUUAGUUUCCCUCCCUUUACAUUUGUGUGAAAUGCCUUCACUUUCAUAUAUGAAUAUAUUAGGCUGUCCCAGAUUGAAUAGUGUAUCCAUAGAAGGGCUACACCGUCUCGGUGGGUUUAGAACAUCGAUUGUUGGUCCUUAUCAGAGUCAGUGGACUUUGAGGCCAAUUGAUUUUUAAUGGCAUUCAACAACUAUUGUCCCUUCAUA